AUGCUCCCCCCAAAACCACACAUCACAUCUACCUCAUACACUUACCUUUCCCUUUCCCCUUCCCAACCUUCCAACCAACUAUCGAGCAAGUAUCUAACCCACCCGAACAUUGCAACACGGAAGUACACUCAACCGGCCCUAACAGCCCACAAUUACCCCCGACCUCCGAUCUCCCUCCACAAGCCAAACAAGCAUGAUGCGCAAGCUUCCAAGCACCCAUUGAUGAUGGAUCAUAAUUGCGGUUCGGAGUUCCACUACAUGGAGAAAUCUGAUAUUAAAUUACUUCAUUCUGAGUUUGUUAUUCAUAUGGAGUACUUGACAAUAAGCAAGCAAUUAGAUAAUGGAAGUAAAUCAAUCAAUCCCCCCAGCCAGGUCUCGCCAAGCUUUGCAGUACGUACUUACGAAUGGGUCAAACGUCUUGUCGGAGGAUACUGCCAAGCGAGGUCGAAAGGGUCAAAAGAAAGAAAAAGAAAAUCCAAGAAAGGAAAAGGGAAAAGAAAAAGCCACCCAGGUAGAAAUAAACCAAUCGGAUUUGCGUUGGAGGGGAGCGGGCGUAUGUGUCCACGUAUGCAGAGAGGCUGGAUUUGGGAGUGGAACUCCGUCUUGAAGGGGGUCAUGUGUGAUAUCGCCAUCAUGAUUGGUAAACUUUUAUCCCCCGUGUGCCGCCCUCUUUUUGCCCCCUGGUUCCGGAGUAAUUUUCAAUGUCUAUUGGAAUUAAUGGGAGCAGGAUUCGGCCAGGCGUUUGUGAUGAAGGAUAAUUUUAUCGUGUCUGUCGCUGCUAGUUUCCUAUUAUUGGCAAGCCCCCGGAGGGAGGAUUGGUUGACCUGUGCCCCUCCUCAUUUUCUGUGCUAUUGGAAUCGAAGCUAUUUCGGGUCGGGUCCAAGUGGGACUAUGCUGUUGUGUUUUCCAGAACGUCGGGUUGAGUCGUUUGGCGGGUGGAAUGUGGAUGCUCGUGAAUCUAACCACUCCUCAAAAAAGAUGCUGAAAGCUUAG